GCGGCGCUUCCGGAGCAGAUGUGUUUGUUGUGGCUGAGCAGACAUGAAGUGGACAAGUGUCUCUGUGUUGUUCUGUCUCCUCAACUUUACCCAAACUGCAUCUGAGGGACAUUUCAUCCGCGUGAAUGUGCGCAGAGCGGCGGGACAGCUGAGACACUUCUGGAGGAGCUCCGGGUUCUGCCCCCCGCUCCCUCACACCCAGGCCCACCAGUUUGACCUGAGCCUGGACCAGCAGCUGAACCUGGCCUAUGUGGGCUCAGUCCCCCAUGGAGGGAUCCAGCAGGUCCGGAUCCACUGGAUGCUGGAGCUGGUCUCUGCGCAAGACGUUGGAGGACGACCCCAGUACGACUUCACUAAACUGGACCAGCUGAUAGAACUGUUGAGGGUUAACGGACUCCGACCAGGUUUUGAACUGAUGGGCAGCGUCUCCAACUACUUCACUGACUUUGAGGACAAAUCACAAGUGAUGGAGUGGAGAAAUCUGGUUUAUCUCACUGCCAAGAGAUACAUCGAUAAAUACGGCCUGGGAAGUGUUUCUCAGUGGAACUUUGAGACCUGGAAUGAGCCCAACAACCACGACUUUGACAACGUCUCCGUGUCAAUUCAAGGGUUUCUGAAUUACUACGAUGCCUGUUCGGAGGGUCUGCGCGCUGCCAGCAGUCUCCUGAGGUUUGGGGGUCCGGGAGACUCGUGUCAUUCUCCCCCCCACUCACCGUACUGCUGGGCCAUGCUGCAGCACUGCUACAACGGCACCAACUACUUCACCGGAGAGACCGGGGUCAGGAUCGACUACAUCGCCCUGCACAAGAAGGGGGGAGGCUACUCGUUGCCCAUCCUCCAGCAGGAGGUCCAGACGGUGGGGGAGAUCCAGGAGCGGUUCCCCCGGUUCCGCAGCCUCCCGGUGUUCAACGAUGAGGCCGAUCCGCUGGUGGGCUGGUCCAGGCCUCAGGAGUGGAGGGCGGAUGUGACCUACGCUGCCAUGGUGGUGAAGGUCAUAAACCAGCACCAGAACCUGCUGCUGGCCGACCCGAACAGCACCAUCAACUACACCCUGCUGAGCAACGACAACGCCUUCCUCAGCUACCACCCUCACCCGUUCACCCAGCGCACCCUGACCGCCCGCUUCCAGGUCAACAACACCCAGCCGCCUCACGUGCAGCUCAUCAGGAAGCCCGUCCUCACCGUCAUGGGCCUGCUGGCUUUACUGGGCUGGUCUACAACAGCGACGACAACCGCACCUCCACCAGCGCUGAUGAUGUCACCGUGUCCCUGAACGGACUGGAGGGGCUCACAGGUCUCGUGUAUGUGACGUAUUACAUCGACAACAAUGUGACCAACCCGUACGAGCUGUGGCGGAGCUUCGGCAGCCCCGACUACCCAACGGCACAGCAGUUCAGACUCCUCAGGAGUGUGCAGGACCCUCAUGUUGACGGACCCUGGGACGUUCCUGAAGGGGACACUCUGACUCUGAAAGCCAGACUGUCUGUGCCGUCCGUCCUCCUCAUCCAUGUGUGUGCGCAGCCCAAAGCUGUGCCAGACCAGGUUAAUGGAUUACGCUUCAUCAGGAUCACCAAAGGCCAAGUCCUGAUUGUCUGGUCAGACCACUGCGUUGAUUCCAAAUGCAUUAAGACAUUCGAGGUGGAGUUCUCCUCGGAGCAGAAGGAAUUCAGCAGAAUCAACACUCAGGACACCAUCUUUACAUCUCACGUUUAUUCACCGGUGGACCAGGAGGUCGGCGGGGUGUACAGAGUUCGAGCUGUGGACUACUGGGGCAGACCCGGGUCCUACUCGCUGCCAGAGAGCUAUUCAGAGGAGCACUAGAACAAGGUCAAGUCUGUUCACUGUGUGUGAAUCAUUUUGUACAAUCUGAAUAUUUUACAGAGAUCAGUGUGCUGAUUAUAUGUUUUAAAGUCAUUAGUGAUGAAUUAAGUGCUGUUUGAUUCAUUAUAAACAUACAUUUAUUAUUUAUGCCCUCACAUUUCUGAUGUAUAGCAGUGGUUGGAAUUUCAGAUUCAUUUCAUUUAGAUUUUCUUCACUUACAGUAUUGGAUAAAAGUGACUGAAUUCAGUAAUCAGCAACUCAAAUACGUUCAUUUCUGAAGCUGCUGUAGAUUUAUUGACUUAUGGAGAGUCGUCAAUAACUGACCUCACUGUUACAGAAACUGUUCAAUCUAAUGAUGCAUUCAUUAAUAAUCUUUUGUUAUCUGAACAGCCCUCGCAGAAACAAGACAAAUAUUCCCAAAUAUAAUCAUAUUAUCGAGCAAAAAGUUCCAUGUCAAUUUUGCUUCUUAAAACUAGCACAAAAAUCAGCCACUGAAAGACUGUAAUGAGCUUUGUGCUUAUUAGUAUUUUGGUCCCUUUAUUGAACUGAAAUCUUACAAUAAGACACAAUUUCUUCAAACAGCCUGAUAACAAUAAGUGAAUUUGUCUUAAAUUAAAGCACCAGAAGCUUCUUAUUUUUAUCUUUUUUUAUUAAAACAAUGAAACAGCUGCUUCAUUUCCAACACUGGGUUGGAGUGUUGUGCGAGUGCUCUUACUUUAAAAAUAAGGACAAUAAUCUUGUUCCUCUGCUGGGAUUUUAUGCAACCAUUGUUGUUACUGGUUAAAUCGAGCUCAAUAUUAGCUGGAAUAAAGUUAGGUUAGGUAAAGUUAGAUAUAUUUUUUUAUUAAAACCAGAUUACUUUUUUAAUGCAAAACAUGCUCGACAAGAUUAUUUUUCAUUUCCCAGAAACAAGGCUUGUCUUCUUUGCAGUGUGUGAUCUGAUUUUAAAUGUGUUUUAUUUUUUAUACUGGAUGUGUCUCAGAUCUUUGAACUAUUGUUUUUGUAUGUUUGUGUUUUAUAUGUUUGUGUGUUAAAGUAAAAGUUGGACCAGUCUAAGUUGCUUACAAAAAAAAUAAACACAACAAGUUUCUUUAUAAAAUUUAUUGUCCUCAAUACAGAAUAUACACAGUGCAGAUGUUACCCAUCAGUGUGACAAUACUGAACACUUGGUUAUAUCGUCACAUUCUCCCAACCAUUAUUAGUUUGGCUUGUGAAUAUAAUUUCAUCUUGGCAGUGAUAAUUAGGUUUUUGUUCACGGGGCGUCGAUUGGAUUUAUCCGAUAAUUCUCUCCUAUGAUGUUGGAAUAAAUCAUAAGAUUAAGAGGAUUAUUCUCCUGUUUGUGUGUUUGAGAUGAGCUCCGUCUUCAUUUUGGGCAGGACGAGCAAUCCAGUUCGAUGAAGAGCGGCUCGACAAUCUCCACCUCGGGAGCAGUUUAGCAAGCUCCUGUUAAAAAAACACAUGAAGAUGAAGAGUUAGAUGAGUUUAAACAUAAUGUAUAUAGACAGUGACAGAUCUAAACAAGGCCUGGUCACCCCAGUUUGGUGUCAAAUGCUGUCAGUUAAUUCAUUUAGAUUAAUUUUUAAAUGGAAAUUAAUUGAAUGAUCUGCCACAUUUUUAGACCCAAUGAAGUUUUGGAAAUAAAACAAUUUAUUGGUUUGUAAUACCAUCUUUUUGAGUUCAUGAGGCAUUAGUAUUAAACUGUUUCAUAACCAGUUAAAACUUAUUAUAGUUUCAAUAUAAAUGUUCCUAAAAAAGAGAAAAUGUGUCCUUGUAGAAGUCUUCUGUGUGAGCUAUAUCCUUUAAAACUGUUAGAAUGAGUACGUACCAGACUGCAGCACAGGCUGGAACUCUCCGGCCAUGCAGAUUUCCUCCUGUUUUUGGCGGACGACUCUCUGGAUGGCAGGGGGGAGGCCACGGGGGUUGCGUGAGAAGACCAGGGCAUAGCCGUCCUCGCAGCUUCCGUCCUCCUUCAGGGUGCGGCAGGCGUAGGUGAUGGCGUAGUUGUCAUAGUCAGUGUCAAUGAUCCAGUAGUUGUCACCUGAGAGAGCGAGAAGUUAGUCUCAACUGUGUGCGAGAGAGAGGAUGAGAGAGAAAAUACGCGUGAGGAUGCUUACCGCCACUGGACAGGUAGCUGGCCAGACCCUGGUAGUUCAUGAACAUCUUGCCGGGGCUGCCGGGGUCGGGGACGGAGUACUGAGCAGCCAUGUCAGCACACACAACCCAGAACCUGGAUGAGUAGAGGAAGCAAAGUCGAAUUAGCAAGCAGGAAUGGAUAUAGUUAUUUUUUCAGACUGCUACUAUAUAGAUUUCUAUAAAUAAUAUAAACACCCACCCAAAGAGGGUGACUCUGCCCCUGGAGGACGCAAUCAUGGCACCAUCGUCAUCAACAGUGUAUUCAGCAGAGAUGUUGUCCUGCAGGAACAAACCCUCAGGAUCCUUCUUCUGCAGAGCGUACCACUUUCCUGAAUACUGUCGGGGGAAAAUCACAAAGAUGAGUCUGAUUCUUCUGAUAGUCAGUGUGGAUAUGCACAUAGGCAGUGAGAGGCAGUUUUAUUUAUAAAGCAUGUUUCAUACACAGAUUCAAGGAGCUUUACAGUGUCGUUAAAAGGAAGGACAGUUCAAACAUAAAACAGACUUAAAAGUUAAAAACGGUUAAGUUAAAAAGAGCAUGAGAAAAGAGAGAUCUAUAGAUGAUACAAGAACAAAAAUAAAAUAAUUAAAAAAAUAAUAAUAGCACAAGCACAUGUUUUAGAAGCAUUUAGGUAAUGUUUGAUGUUUGAUUCUAUAAACUGUCAAAUUUGGGUUUGAGGUUACGGAUAAGAAUGCCGAGUACACAUUACUGUAUUACGUAUGCUGAUGAUUUUCUGGUUUACUUGAAGGAUGCAGAUUAUUCUGCUCAACCCGUUUUUCUACUUGUUCCUCUGUAGGAGCUAGCUAGCUGUCCUGAAGUUAAUAUUUACUACCAAUUCAAUUUCUCAAAUAGAUAUCCCUUCGCUGUUUAGAAAGAGAAUCACAAGUAUUACUGAUUUCCUGUCACUGAGUUCUGAGUUCUGCUUGUGGAUUUGUGAGUAUUAUAUUGUAGUCUAUAUGUCUGUACUCACUCUUUUGGGGUCAAAGUCCUCUUUGACUGUGAAGCUGUCGACCACGCAGGAGGCCAGGCUCUGCUCCACACAGGCCAGGAACAACAUCACCACGGCAAAGAGUUGGAAGUCCAUUCUGGGCAAAAACCAAAGUCAGACACGGGUUAAUUUACAUUCCUUGUUGUACUUUAAAUCAGUAUUCCUAUUUACUGUUAAUAAUUUGAUGUUAAAGAAGUAAAGAAGUAUGUAUUUGGUCCCCAUGAAGCAGCAUCCUCUUACCUUAUGUGUAGGAAGAAGCAGCAGGAAGUUUUCAGUGCAGAGUUGUUGCAGUGUCUGAACUGUGGUGAGAAGACGGUGCGCGGUCCUUUUAUAUCCGAUGCACAGACAGGCUCACUGUUUAUUUUCACUUCUUGAACCUAAAUGCAGAUUUUAAAUCUACCACUAAUCCAGUUAACAAAAUCCUCCGGCUGUAAGCUGAUGAACCCUCGCAUUCAGCACUGUAUGAGCUUUACGUAAUUGUUUGCAGGGCUCUAUAACAGCAUACAUAAUGGCAGAUGCCCCGGUGGCCUGAGCCUCAAGUCACACGUCCACGCCCAUGUUUACAUGAGCAGAAUAUUUUAAGAUCUCCAGUGGAAGCCAAUGUUGAUAUAAGGUUUGUUGAUACCUGCUGAGAAAGUAUUGUCACACGGGGUGAACAGAACUGAUUUUAGGAUUUUAGGUUUAGGUGUGCAGCCAUCUUUCAGUUUUUUUGUCCAUAUUCACAUCAA